CAGCCGUCAGCCGCAAGAGUUGUGUGUAGUGUUGAAGAAGAGCGCUGCUGAGCAGUGUAGUGUCAGUGAGUGCGGGGAGAAGAGAAAGAAAUAUUCACAAAUCCAAAAUGGACGAACUCUUUGUGGAAGUAUGCGGCGAAAACGGAGCCAACUAUAAGGGUGUUGUCACGGAUGUGUUCGAAGAUGGUGUCCUAGUUGCAUUUGAAAAUGACUGGCAGGAAGAGUCCAAGUUCCUGUUCAGCCAAGUCCGUCUACCUCCGACCGAAACCCCGACCACAUUCUGCGAGCACAUGGAGGUCGAGGUGUACUCCCGGUCCAACGAUAACGAAGCCUGCGGUUGGUGGCGAGCGGUCAUCAAGAUGAUGAAGGGCGAAUUCUUCGUGGUGGAAUACCUCGGCUGGGACAACAGCUACACGGAAAUCGUGUCAGCUGACCGGCUGCGAGCAAAGAACACGAACCCGCCGAUCAACGAGAAGACCUUUUUCCGGUUCGAGAUCGAAGUUCCCGAGGAUAUUCGGGAAUACGCUUUGCUGAGCAGUGCCAAAAUCGACGGCGUGCAUCGAGAGUUCCAGAAAGCGAUCGGUGCCGCCGAGUGUAGGUACCUGCCGGAACGGGGCACCCUGCUGGUGAUAUCGCGGAGCGAAGCGACCCAACGGAGGGCAAACAUGAUCCAGGAGAUGUGUUUCCGAAAUUUGAGCCAAAAGGUGAUGCUACUGAAACGAACCGAAGAAGCUGCCAGACAACUAGAAUCGACGAAGCUACAAAAUGCUGGAGGAAAUUUUACUAACAAUCAGAGAAUUUCCGCUUUUAUUGGACAAUCAAUGAACGAGAGAUUCACGGACGAGUUCAAGGUACGAGAGGAUCUGAUGGGACUGGCGAUCGGUGCGCACGGGGCUAACAUCCAGACUGCUCGCAAGCUGGACGGUGUGCUAAACAUCGAGCUCGAGGAAAACACCUGCACGUUCAAAAUUUCUGGAGAGACUGACGAAGCGGUCAGGAAGGCCCGCGCCAUGCUCGAGUACAGCGAGGAAUCGCUGCAGGUCCCGCGGAAUCUCGUCGGCAAGGUGAUCGGCAAGAACGGCCGCAUCAUCCAGGAGAUCGUAGACAAGAGCGGCGUCGUGCGCGUUAAGUCUGUCUCAUUGCAGAUCGAGGGGGACAACGAGCCGGAGCCGAGCAUCCCACGGGAGGAAGGCCAGGUACCGUUCGUAUUUGUCGGUACGGUCGAGAGCAUCGCCAACGCGAAAGUGUUGCUCGAAUAUCAUCUAGUGCAUUUAAAGGAAGUUGAACAGCUGAGGCAGGAGAAGUUGGAAAUCGAUCAGCAGUUGCGAGCGAUCCAAGGCGCAACGAUGGGCUCGAUGCAGAACUUCUCCAUGAAUCGUCGGUCGGAUCGGGCGUACAGUAGCGACGUGGACGGCGGUGGACGAUCCGGCCGAGGUGGCAUGCGUGGUCGAGGCGGUCGCGGUGGACGUGGCAACAAUCCGCGGUAUUCUGGCCGUCGAGAUACCACCGGUGACGACGAGUAUGCGCCACGAGGAGGUGGCGGAGGAGAACAUCGUGACCGCGAUCGAGACCGGGACCGUGACCAGCGCAACACCUACUCCGAAGGCGGUGGUGGUGGUGGUGGUGGCGGCGGUGGCGGAGGACGAGGUAACCGACGGGGCUACAGCGAAAAACGAGGCACCAGUAGCAAACGGUCCGAUCGGAACAAAUCGCAAGGCCAGUCCAGCGGCGGCAUUGGAAGUCAACAGCAGUCGUCGUCUCAGCUGCCAGCGUCGUCUUCGUCGUCGUCACAGCAGCAGCAACAGCCGUUCCAUGAGGAUCGCUGGGCUGAUCAGGUGGAGAACAGCCAGAAGGAGAACAACCGGGAGCUGAACAGUGUUGAUAGGGCAGAUAGUCACUCAUCGAAUGAAGGAAUUCCGGCUCGAAGUCGCCGAAGAUCGAAGAAUCCAGGUCACUCGAACAAAUCCAACGGAAAUGUCCAAUCGAUGAACGCUAAGUCGUCCGGAAGCAACGCGACCGCCAACAGUACGGCAGAUCAUCAUGACAACAACGGAAGCAGCGUGCCGAGCGUCAACAGCAAACAACAGCAGCAGCAACAGAAUCACAGCGGCGCUGGAAUCAACAACAGUACCAGCAGUGUCGGAGUUGUACCGAACAACACUAACAGCAGCAAUAGCCAGCAACAGCAGCCACCGCCGCCCAAGGGUCAACGGGAGAACCUCCGAAACCGGGGCGGUCGAGGAGGCGGUGGCGGUGGAGGCGGAGGAGGAGGCGGCGGUGGUGGUAAGCAUAAGCAAAAUCAGCAGAACCAGGCGGUAGCCGCUGGCGGCGCCACUGUUCUCAACAACACCGCUGACCAUCACCUCCAUCAUGCUGGUGGCACUGGUGGCAAGGAAACGCUGGUCAAUGGCUCCUCUUAGAAGAAGCUUCGCCCAACAGCAGCCGUUGCCGCAAUCGGCGCAGCAAUCGCGUAAGCAACAGGUUGCCAAGGCAACCGCACUGGUCGCUUUGCCGCCGCACCUGUUGGUGGGAGUGUGAAACAAUCGCAAGUAGAACACAAUCAAUCACACACCCACUCACUACAACAACAACAACAACAACAUAAAACCUAUUCAAAACAACUAUCAACAAAGUUAAUUACCCAAACUAUGAGAAAAAUGCAUAAAGAACAAUACACACAAACAAUUCGCAACUUACAACAACAACAACAACGCUCGGGUUCGGAUUGCGCGCGGACUCCGAGCCGAAUACUAUCCCUAAAUGCUACUAUGAAUAUUUUUGCGUGUAUUCAAAAGAAAAAAAACUGCAACACACAUACAACAUUCUGAAAAUCAACCGACAGGUCAAACAAUAGGAACAGUUAGAACAGCAAAAACCAGAAAAAGAAAAUACUACACACUAUUUGAUGGAAUAGUUGUGCAGCAGGAACGUUUCGGUCGAUGAUGGUGGUGUUUGCUCAUCGAAUGUAGCUUCCGCGCAAAUGCACGGAAACGAAGAAUGAGAGCAAAUUCGAACAACCAAGCUGAAUUCAUACAAAAAAACGCGCGAGAGAACACUGAAGAAUACCUAUUCGUUAGAGAUAUAGACGAGGAAGCGUUUAUUGAACUAUCAACACACCAUACCACCACCUAUCAUGUAUAUUCGGGAAGGCCGUGUAUUUUUGUGUCGUUUAUACCACGGGGCGCCUUUAUUCUUUUUUUUCUGUUACGGUUCGAAUAAACUUUGUAAAGCUUGACACUUGUCUCUUGCUUUUGCCACUAGAUGGAUUUUUCUUAAUCUUUGUUAUUUAUUUUUCAAAAAACAAAUUUCAAGUUAGAGGCACUUGCGUGCGCAGCUUUUUCUUUUUUCUCGCUCGUUCUCUUUGAUAAGUGAAAAAGAGCGAGAUAAAAGAGGAGGCAAAGUGCCCCCUCUUUCAUCUGUUUCUUUUUCGUGUUUGUUUACGAGAAUGAGUGAGAAAAAAGAAAUCGCUGCGCACGCUAGAGGUUAGAGGCCACCUUUGGCUUGAGUUUCAGGGAGUAAUCCCGUGAAAAUCUUUAAAACAUUUCGGAAGGAUUACUGCAAGAAAUGCUGGAAUCACAACGAAGAAAAGUUUGGAAAUAAACUCGAAGAAAUCGCAAGAUGAACUCCAUGAGAAAUAUCAACAAAAGCUACUGCAGAACUCCCAAAAAGGAACUCCGAAAGGAAGCCCUGGAAAAAAAAUUGUGACAAAGUUCAUGAGAAAUCCUGAAAAACUCUGAAAGAAAUCCUGGCAUCGUGGGAGCAAAACCGGAAGUUCUCUUCUAAGAGAACUCCCAGGAAAAACUCCGAGAGAAAUCCCAUGAGAACUUUUGUGAAAUAUCCUUGGAGAAACUCCUGUAUAGAAAGCCCGAAAUGAACUUCUAGAAUCUUAAAAGUUCCGAAGAGAACCUUCAGUAGUCUUACGGCUGCUUAAGAGGCUAACAAUUAACCUUUAUGGCUCUUCUGUUUUCAGUGCAGGGAGCCUGCUCUUUUCAGUUCCGCAAAAGUCCCCGGUUCAUAAACGACUCUUGCGAUACGUAUAACAACAGCACAUGCGGCCCUCUCUUUACGCGAACAACUUGUGUCGUCGCCGUCGUAUUACACGCAAAAGCAAAAAUGAAACUAAAACAUUUGAGAAGCUUAAUGUGAGUCAUCACUGGUUUAGGCAGAUGUAACAAAAACAAAAAAAAAUCCAACACAACAAAAAAAUGAUACUACAUUAUGUAUUCUAGCGCAGAAAUCCGUGUCGUAAUUAUGCUGAAAACAAGAAGUAGUUUUAGUAGAAGUGCGUAGAAGUUGGACUAAAAGAAACACACAAGAAGAAGUAGGAUACGAAACAAAAAAAAUGCAGGAAAUCACCUCGAGAGGUUACCUCGAGGAUCGUGGAAGAUUAGGAAUUUUACUAGGACUGGAAUAUAAAACAAUUGCACUAAUAACGUAUGUUUUAACCGAGUUUUCGUUUUUUUGUUCUUGGUAAGCAUAAGCAAUCUAAAUUCAACCGGUUUUUUCCCCGAUCGAAUCAACUAUCCUGCGUUUCGUUAAAAUUCACCAUCCGUCGCGCACUGAUGUAAUCAAAAACAUAAAUGGACCUUAAUUGCUUUAAUUUUGUGUAAAAUUUGCACCCUUAACAAUCUCUAGGCUUUUCAUUUUCCUGCAUAUGAGAAAGUGUUACAAGUGGAUCGAAAAGGAGCAAACUAUAUAACCGUUCCAAGCUCAGAUUGGAAACGGAUGUUACGACUACCUACUACAAAUCAAACAACGCAACGGUGUUAGUAUGCCGCAGUAACUCUAACCGCCACUCGUGGCAGUUAGACGACCGUUGUUGGAACAAAACUAGAAGC